AUGGACCGGUAUGACCUCGAUGAAGAGAGCUUUCGUCUUCUAGUCCAGCUGCAAAUGGAGGAUAUAGCAGAGAUAUCAUCCGGUACUGAUGGUAAAGAUCUUACCACACAGGAAAAUGACUUUGUUGUAGCCGCGGAACAGUAUAAGCGGGAACUUGAGCAGCAUCUUCUCGCCUUCUGCCUCGAGCCUGCAGGAGCCUGUAACCUGGCAACUGUGAUGCCUACGGAUCAGGCGGAAGUUGCAGUUAACCCUGAGCUUUCUUGA